AAGUUCCAAACUCUACUGCGAUGGAAACUCAACCAUCUGUACGGUCCCCUCUUCGAAGAUCACCGCGUAAAAAAGUAGCUAUCAAGGAAAAUCAGAAGUGUAAGUUAAUGGAUAUUAGUGGAAGAAAGCGGGUUGUUGCUGAAGGACGGGUGCAUUCAACUGAUCCAGAGCAGAAGGUACACUUUGUUCGCUUGGGACCUAAUGCUGUGCGAGUUUGGGUUGAUACUGUCAAGGUAGAUGACGCAGCGGUUUGGAGGCAAUCAGACGAGAUUGAAUUUAUGAGAGAUGCACUUGGUUCAUCUAUCGCAUGGCCAAUUGAUCAGUUGGUCAUCUACUGA